AUGAUUCAAAGGAAGAUUUAUCCUAAUGUCGUCACAUACAGCACUCUUAUUGAGGGGUACUGUUUGCAAGGACGGAUGGAUGAAGCGAGGAAAGCUUUUGGUCAGGUGGUAGAAAGUGGCCUUCAACAUAAUAUUGGGACCUAUAACACAUUAAUUAAUGGAUACUGUAAAAUAAAAGAAAUGGAUGAGGCCAUGGAUCUGUUUUGUGAAAUUCCUCAAAAAGGGUUUCAUCCUGAUGUUAUUACGUAUACCACAAUGUUGCAGGGGUUAUUUCUGGUGGAUAGAUGUUCUGCUGCACUGAAACUUUUUCAGAAGAUGCUGGUUGCUGGAAAUAAACCAGAUUAUUACACUUCAUGUGUCUUACUUGAUGGUUUGUGUGAUAAUGGACUUGUUGAAGAGGCUAUGUCAGUCUAUCAUCAGUUAUUAAAUAGAAACAGAAAUGGUUCUCAUGUUUAUGGUACCAUCAUAAUUGAUAGGCUCUGCAAGUUAGGACGGCUUAAUGUUGCACGCGAUCUAUUCAAUGACCUCAUCUCUAAAGGGCGACACCCAAAUGUGUAUACAUACACCGCAAUCAUAAAUGGGCUUUGUCGAGAAGGAUUAAUAGAUGAAGCCUUAGAGUUGUUAAGGAAAAUAGAGAGAAAUGAUUGCUUACCAAAUACUGUGACUUAUAAUGUUAUUUUGUUAGAGAGAGAAAAUGUGAUGAGGCAAAUCUAG